AUGGACCUGCUUCACAACCACACUCUCGCGUCGGCUCUGGUAUCGAUCUGCUUAUUGUGGGUCCUAGGAUGCCUUACAUCCUUCUGCAAAGAUCGGAAGCGAUAUCAGAAGCUGCCGGGCCCACCAUGUUCACUUAUGUUUGGUCAUCUUAUCUCAGUGGGCAAAGUUGCAAUGAUGCUGCCCAGACGCGCUCAUCCACAGACACUGGUAGCCCAAGCUAUUCGUGAUUACGAACUCCCGCCUAUCUUUUAUGUAGACUCACGCCCACUGUCAAUCGUCUCCCUGGUGGUCACAGAUCCGGAUGUAGCGCGUCAUGUCGCCGAACCUGACUUGCCGAAGCAUCCUGCUGUGGUGGAGUUUGUAGAGUCGUUCAUUGGCAAAGUUAACAUGCUUACAACAAACAGUCCCCUUGUCCCUAUGUUUGUCGACUGCUGCCGCGAAUUUCUCAGACUGCUUGAUGAGCACUCGGACGCCGACCGUGUGUUCAGGGUUGAAGAAGAGGCAACCAAGAUCACAGUCGAUGUCAUCGGCAAGGCCAUCUGUGGACACGACUUCAAAUGUCUGACCUCUGGUAGUCAAUUUGUUUCGUGGAUAAGAGCGGCACUAUCCUGGGCAAGGGAACUUCAAUUGGUCAACCCAUUCCAUCAUUGUAACGUACUGCGUCCUAUCGUCACGAAAUAUUAUCGUUUCCGGAUGAGCAGAUAUAUUGGCAAAAUCUUGGACGACAGAUUCGCAGCAGGUCAGUCUGUAUCGCCAGUGGCUCGGAAAACCAAGACUGGUAUCGAUCUUGCUCUUGAGCUUUACGUUGGAGAAAACAGCGGACAAUCGGGUGCCAGUGCGACGGCUAUAAACGCAGAAUCCCGACAAGCUACCAUUGACAAUCUCGGGCUCCUUCUCUUCGCAGGGCACGACACCACCGCAUCGACGCUUUGCUAUUGCUAUAAGUCACUCAGCGACAAUCCUCAUGCACUUGCAGUAGCCAGGAAAGAACUUGAUGAUGUCUUUGGGGUCGAUGUCAGUGCGGCAGAUCAGCUUCGGCACAACCCAUUCCUGGUCAUCAAAUUUGACCACAUGCUCGCCGUUAUCAAAGAAGUGCUACGUCUUUGGACUUCAGCAUCAAGUGCUAGAGCAGGCCGGAAAGACUUCUUCGUCCGGGAACCUGUCAGUGGCGAGCUUCUGCCCACUGAAGGUGUCAAUGUCUGGAUACAUUCCUUUUCAAUGGGUCCCUCCAAGAUGAUAUGGAGCGAGGACAUCGAUCAAUUCAAGCCUGAGCGUUUCCUGCCUGGAAACGUUGCAAACAUACCCGCCGAUGCAUGGCGUCCUUUUGAAAAGGGUCCUCGCGCCUGCAUUGGUCAAGAGUUUACUUACCUCGAGAUCAAGGCUCUGGCAUCGCUGCAAGCGUUCGGUGAUUCCAUGUACCAGGUACUGCUGGCUACAGCGAAGCCAAGAGAAGGGAUGCCUGCACGGGUCGAGCGGAGAAGAGCCUUCUGA